UGAUACACAAAUUAUAUCUAUCUCAUUUUCUUCCUCUAUACAAUUUACCUAAUUUCGAUUCAAACAACCUUAAUUAUCUCUCUUUAAUGGCAAUUCUUCCAUUGCUGGUUCUAAAUCUUCGACCUUAAUUUUUUUUUUAAAAAGGUGGAUUAAUUAACCAGCAAUGGAAGAGCCACAAUCAACACCAUCACCACCACCACCACCAACUCCACCCACAACUCCUUUAUCCCUCGUAAAGCCUUCCUCGAAAAAUAAUAAAAAACGUCCCGUAAAAAUCUUUAGAGCCUUUCGUAAUGUGUUCCGGUCUUUCCCUAUUAUUACACCCGUAUGUAAACUCCCUUCUCUCCCCGGUGGCCGUUUACCCGAAACUAAAGUCGGUGUAUCCGGCACGUUGUUUGGGUAUAGAAAAGGUCGUGUUAGCCUUUCCAUUCAAGAAAAUCCAGGAACUCUGCCUACUCUGGUAAUUGACCUAGCCAUGCAAACAAACACCUUGCAAAAGGAAAUGAGCCUUGGGAUGGUGCGAAUCGCAUUGGAAUGCGAGAAAAGACCUGACAAUAUAAAUAAUAAGGAGAAAAUGAAACUUCUAGAUGAGCCAUGUUGGACUAUGUUUGUAAAUGGGAAAAAAAGUGGAUAUUGUGCAAAGAGAGAUGCCACGGAAGAAGAUCUCCAUCUUAUGGAGGUACUUAAGGCGGUGUCGAUGGGGGCAGGCGUCCUGCCCCCAAAGCCCGACGUGGACGAUGAAAUGGCGUAUAUGAGGGCACAUUUUGAAAGAGUAGUGGGAUCAAAAGACUCAGAAACUUUAUAUAUGUUGAGCCCGGAUGGAAAAAGUGAACCUGAAUUGAGUAUUUUCUUUGUGAGGAUAUGAAUAUA